GGCUCGCGGAGGCGCUGGCCGGAGCGUGAGGCUCGGACUCUCCUGGCCCGGCCCGGCCCGCCCGCCCGCCGCCUGCCGCCGGCCUCCCUCGCUCCCUGAGCACGCUGAGCGCGGGCGGGCGGCGGGCGCCGGGCUCUAUGGCGGCGGCUCUGUCGGGCCUGGCUGUCCGGCUGUCGCGCUCGGCCGCCGCGCGCUCCUACGGCGUCUUCUGCAAGGGCCUGACCCGCACGCUGCUCAUCUUCUUCGACCUGGCCUGGCGGCUGCGCAUCAACUUCCCCUACCUCUACAUCGUGGCCUCCAUGAUGCUCAACGUCCGCCUGCAGGUCCACAUUGAGAUCCAUUGAGGGUCCCACCAACUGGCUCAGCACUGCAGAGAUAGACAUACACCAUGAGGAACAGAAGUCAGGACCUACAUCUUCAGGCACAGGAGAAGGCAAAGACACGUGAGCCCGGCCAGGCUGGACAUCCCGGUGUCAUGGGCCUGGCUGGAAGAGACUCAGCUGGGUCAGCAGAGGAGGCCCUGGCGGGGGUGUAUUGUGGAGCUAGAGAUACUCGGGCCGGGGACUGGCCUGGAGGAGUCUACAGAGGAUGGUGUCACUCGAGAGAGUCCCAGGUGUCAGGCCCAUGGUCAAAAACAGGAGCUCCUCAGGGCCCCCCUUUGGUGGCUCUGGCCGAGAGAGGUGCCUGUGCGAGAGGACCUCACAGUUUGUUCUCCGGCUGGCCCUCACCCCUUAAAGUGCAUCUGAAAGAGGAUCUGGGAUGUGCCCCCUUGGGCCAGGCACAGCCCGUGUUUCCGGAUCGGACACUGAGAUUCCAGAACAUGCUCGUGAGCUUGGGGCACGUGGGGAGCAGAGGCCUCUCGGCCACACCACGGCCCACACAGACAAUAAAAGUAGAUUCCUUCUAGCCCGCUCUGCCAUGGUCUCCUCACCAGUCCCAACUAUGAACACAGACACUGGAGGGUCCUGCCUGGGCACCUAAUCUGCAGCAGAAGGAUGUGUAUGUGUGUUUGCAAAAGCCCAGGGCAACCACAGAACUGGGGCCCGAAGACAGGGCACCCUAACUGGUGCCCAUGCACAUGUUGGACUAGAAUGUAGAGCUGCUUGGGGGUUGGUUGGGAUCUGUUCCCUGAGCUGGGCAGGCUGCUGGCCCCCCAGAUAGUGCUGCUUAUGGAAGCGGAGUGGGUGGGUGGGCAUUAGCCAUGAGCCCUGCCCACCCCAGCUCUGGUUUGUAGCAAAACUCUUUUCUCCUUUCCUGCUGCUUGAAACGCAACUGAGAGGGAGACCCUUUGGUGGUGGCUACUAUGUUCAAUGCACCCGCAGGACAAACCUCUCAGACUGGGCCUGGUGCCUCCCUGCAGAUAAAAACCUUGGUGGGUUGCGGUACCCAGGAACUGGCAAAUCAGGUGUUUCACAUUGAGAAAGCUGCUGGGUUUAGGAGACAGGGAUCUUUUAGGCUGAGGUUUUUGUCGGCACUUGAACCCAUUUGUUGCUUGUUUUUUGAUAAUUUUGAUAAAGGCCCCCUAAGAGCUUCAGCUUCAGACUGCCCAAACUGAAGAUGUACGCGGUUUUGGGGUCAUUCAUUUUGAAUGUCACUUGGUACUGUGUGUUCAACAUGACUAUGCCGCGCUUAUUUUAGUGUUUGGGGAUGAUGAAAUAAAACUCUU